AUGACGCCGGCAGACAGCAGCGGGGACGACGACGAUGAUGAUCUAGAAAUCAUCUCCGUCGUCCCAGUGUCUGAACCCAGCAGCAUUGGACAUAAGAGGUCGCGAAACGAGGACGAUGACGACGUCGACAACAGAAAUGAUAAAAACACGCGCAAAAGACAGCGAACGCCAACAGAAGAUGACAAAGAUCAGUCGAUCAUGCUCGCAUCCGACGAUAAUGACGAUAAUGACGAGGAUGACGACCUCCUUGCCAACGAGUUCAACGACGGGCAGGCCGCGUAUCAACAAUUCAAGAACAGAAAAAGCAUCCAACGGAAACGGACGUCGUUAAAAGCGCGCAAGACCCGCAAGGAAAGAGAAUCUACGAAGGGCAAAGAACCUACUACAACAGCAAGAAGGAAACCGCCAGCGAGCGACGCUGUCGUAGGUCGCACUUUGAGCAAGAAGGAUGCUGCUUCACGACAGCCCCAACGGCCAGCUUAUAUGAGAGAUUACACCGAAGAGCCAGUGUCGUCCGAAGACGAGCUAAUGGAGUAUACACUGCCGGAUUUCCUACAGCGCCGGCGGUCCCAGUUCGAGUCCAGAAUGCAACGACUCAAACAGGGCGGGCUGAAACUACCACCAACCUUUGAUGAGGUUGAAUUUUCAGAUGAUGAGAACUUGGAGCAUCUACAAGAAAAACCAAAUUUUCGGGACUUGCGUCCCCCGGCGCCAUAUAAAGAUGUACCGCUUCCGUAUUCGCUUGGUCUCAUACCGGCCCCGAUAGCCCAGUGGCUACGCGAGUAUCAAGUCGAGGGUGCUUCGUUUUUACAUGAGAUAUUUGUCUAUCAAAAGGGCGGCAUCUUAGGAGAUGAUAUGGGCCUAGGCAAGACAGUCCAGGUUAUUGCCUUUCUAACCGCUGCAUAUGGAAAGACCGCCGACGAACGGGACUCAAAACGGAUGAGAAAGCUGAGAAGAACCGGUGACAAUGUUUGGUAUCCGCGCACACUGAUAGUAUGUCCUGGCACGCUGAUCGAGAACUGGAAAUCCGAGCUCAACCGAUGGGGCUGGUGGGCUGUUGGAGUCUUCCACGGCGAUCGAAAGGAAGAAGCCCUCCAAGCGGCCAAGGCCGGGAGACUGGAAAUAUUGAUUACUACAUAUGUUACAUACCGCAUGAAUAAGGACUCGAUCAACAUGGUGGAAUGGGACUGUGUGGUUGCCGACGAAUGCCAUCAAAUCAAAGAGCGAAAGUCUGAAACGGCUAUAGCAAUGAACGAAAUCAACGCGCUGUGUCGAAUCGGACUCACGGGUACAGCUAUUCAGAACAAAUACGAAGAGCUCUGGACGCUCUUGAACUGGACAAACCCAGGAAAACUAGGGCCCGUAACAGCAUGGAAGAAGGCUGUUGCAGAGCCCUUGAAAAUCGGCCAGUCUCACGAUGCAACUCUAUGCCAACUAAGCAAGGCCAGAAAAACGGCCAAGAAACUGGUGCAAAAUCUUCUUCCAGAAUUCUUUCUACGCCGCAUGAAGACCCUCAUUGCCGAUCAACUGCCUAAAAAGAGUGAUAGGGUAGUGUUCUGCCCUCUGACCGAAACCCAAGCAGAUGCGUAUGAAAACUUUCUCAAUAGCGAUGUCGUCCAGUAUAUAAAAACAGCCUCGGAGAUGUGUGACUGUGGCUCUGGAAAAAAAUCUGGCUGGUGCUGUCACACCCGCCUGCCCUCUGGUCAGAAAUGGCAGAGUUAUGUAUUCCCCGCCAUUACCAACCUGCAGAAACUCAGCAACCAUCUGGCCAUUUUGAUUCCCCAAGGGGUUGACCCGAGGGAAAAACAAGACAAGGACCUAGAAAUGCUACAGGUUGCGGUCCCGGACCAAUGGCGAGACCUCUACCGGAGUCGCGACUCGAUUAUCAAUUACGCGAACCCGGAGUUUUGCGGAAAGUGGAAAGUCCUGCGAAAGCUUCUCAAAUGGUGGCACGCAAACGGGGAUAAAGUGCUUGUCUUUUCGCACAGUGUACGACUACUCAAGAUGCUUCAGAUGUUGUUCAAUCACACCAGCUACAAUGUUAGUUACCUGGACGGCGCCAUGUCCUACGAGGAUAGAGCCAAGGCGGUAGAUGACUUCAACUCUGAUCCACAGCAAUUCGUCUUUUUGAUAUCAACACGAGCUGGAGGUGUGGGCUUGAAUAUCGUCUCUGCAAAUAAGGUGGUCGUCGUCGACCCCAACUGGAAUCCUUCUCAUGAUCUACAAGCCCAAGACCGGGCUUACCGUAUCGGCCAGCAGAGGGACGUUGAGGUAUUUCGACUGAUUUCCGCAGGGACGAUUGAGGAAAUCGUCUAUGCGCGUCAGAUUUACAAACAGCAACAAGCCAAUAUCGGCUACAACGCCAGUUCGGAGCGACGGUAUUUUAAAGGAGUUCAGGAGAAGAAGGACCAGAGAGGCGAGAUCUUUGGCCUCAGUAACCUCUUCGAGUAUCAAAACAACAACGUUGUCCUGCGAGAUAUUGUCAACAAGACCAACAUCGCCGAAAGCAAAGCGGGUGUACAGGUCGUAAGCGUAGACUUGGAACAAGAGGAUGCAAUCACCAGCCAAGACGGCUCACCAGCGCCAGCUCCCCCUUCUUCCAGAAGAGGAGACGAAGAUAACGACGGCACCAUGAGCCAACUUGCAGCAAUGAUUCUAGGCGAAACCCCUUCGACUGGUGCGGGAACGACAACAACAACAACGCAGCCGGUUCAAAAACACGAUCCAGUCCAGGCGAUUCUUGCAGGAGCCGGGGUCGAAUACACUCAUCUAAACAACGAAGUCAUCGGUUCGUCCAAGGUGGAAGAACGCCUCAGCCGUCGUGCCGAGCAAGCCAACGACCUCCAGGCUGAUAUCCAGGUCUUUCAAAAUUCCGGCGUUUCUAACAGCCAAGGGAAUAACUUCAAGAUGCGAAAGGACGACGGCCAGACCAUCCAAUUCAAAUUCAACCCGCCGCAGGAUGUACGCAGGCGUCAGUUCUGCAGCAUGGCGCGCAGAUUCGGCUUCCCGAAUGCAACUGAGUUUGCCUUUGUUGUUGAGAGUAUGACGCAGGCUCAACGGCGGGCUUGCCUGGAACGGUGGUAUAAGGAAAGAAGGGAUAUUCUUUCGAAUCAGGACGAGUGA